CGUUCACUCGUUAAUCGCCGGCCGAGUUCUUUCCUCCUUUUAGUGAAGAUCGAAUUCAAAUUGCUGGACUUCAGUCGAACUCUGGGAUUUCUAACUUCCACCAGUCACACCGCAGCACUCCGUUGCACCAGAGGCCAAAAAGGACAUCCUCAACGGACACCUUUGUCGUCAUUGUCGCCCACAGUCUUCCACAACUUCGGUUUAUUCCACAUUUCCGCGGUCACUCUCGCUUGAAUCCUGUCACCCCUCGACACCCUCUGCCACAAUGACCAUAUCCAGCCUCAUCCACACCAGUCGAAUCAGCGACGCCCUCCUCCACACCAUCUACGCUUCCGACCAAGAAAUGUACCCGGCUCCGUUGACCUAUGAGCGCCUACAAAGUUGGAGAGACGCCUGUCCCGAGUUAUCAGUCUGCUUCAGUGCCAGCAAUGAUGGCUCGGAAAUUCCACUGGGCGUCAUCAUUGUCCUUCCUCUUGUGAAGAAGUAUUGGGAGGACUUACUGGUGGGCAAGAUCAAGGAGGUGGACAUUGAUGCUGGAGAGAUGUUCGCGGGUGUUGGCGGUGGUGGUGGAAGCAGCACGGAGAUGGAGAGUGAGAUGCAACUGCAGGCGCCUGUGGAGGUCGGAUUGCAUGUGUUCCACAUCGAACGAUUCACUGCAUGGGACGCCGGAGACGCCUCGCAGAAGACUGGUGCGCAGCCUGCAACGGUGACAGUGGGAGGCUGUGAGUAUGGCAGCAUGCGAUUUGCGGACAUGGCAUUGGCAGAGAUCCAGAGGAGGGUCAAGGCAUUCAAUGCUGAGGCGGCGGAGAGGAGGUGGGAUGUUUUGGGAUUCUCUGCACUCACGGCAACGCCUGCGGGAAAGAAGACAUUCGCGCGCUUGGGUUUUGUGUCCACGGGAUACAAGGAGAUCUUUCGGCUCAUUGAGACUUCAUCGCCGUCAUCCCCAACUUCUGAGGUGCACUCGAGCGGUGACGAUAUAGGAGGCAGCCAGAACAACGCAGGUCCUCAUACAACAGUGAGCGCCAUCUACAUCUACCCAGGCGAAGCCCGUACGGAGAGUUGGGGAUCCGAUGUUAUUUCAGAAUCGGAGAUGACUGUCAGAUACAGUGCGACUUCUUCCGAGAAGAUGAGCAGCGUCUGGUGGCAAUGCAUGCAAUAAUUGUCUACCAGAGGUUGAUAGAAUCCUUCCUCGUUGAUCCAAUCAGUCGGCUGCGUCCCAUGAUGCGCUUCAGCAGGAGUGUCACCUUGGCCUGGACCGAGCAGGUACCUACCUACCUUCCACAUCUCGAAGCACUCGCUCACAUUUGAAACCCCACUCCUGGUAAAUGCCAACGCUACUUUAACCCAUACCCUCUGCUCAUCUGGCACUACAUUGCCAGUCUUUUCUCAUACAUACUACUCAAUUUUCUCUGUUACAAUCUGGAGAUUCAAACUCCUGGAAAUGACCACUUCACCAGGAGUGUGCUCGACGGAAAGCCGCUGAGCACCCCUCGCGCGCAGGACUUCUUACACCGCCUCAAGGCUUUUUCAACAGAAAAAUUGGCAACAAGAACUCCUCGGGUACGGCGCCUGUUAUUGUUGCCGACACCUAAGCCUGCCAAGGUUCUUCGGUGAAUAGGGGCACAU